AUGGUCCUCUCCUGCUUAGCGGCCCUUCAAGUACAGAUCCCAGAGGAACUACUUUUCCCAGUGGCCAUCACACCGGGGCCUCCCGAGACGAGCGGAAACGGGGAUCAGAUGAUUUCGCAUCCAAGCUCCGCCCAAGUGGCGGCGCUGGGCGGGUCCCGCCCGGGUCCCGCCCCAUCCCCGCCCCAUCCCCGGUCAUCCGGAAGCCAUUCUCCAAAUUCCAAACACACCCAGAGUAGUCACUUCCCGGUACUCAUCCCACACUGCCAAGGCCGGCCGCACCCACUGCCCUUCAACUUGGGCCGCCUGGGCCUCGGGAGGCUCGAGCGGCGCAGAGACCGGCGGAACCGCCAAUCACGCUUCUUCUUGCCCGGAAGGGGAGGUGCCCAGGGCGCGUCACUCCGAGUGCGGCCUCGGAUUGGCUGCGCCCGGGCUCGGCGGCGGCUCUGGAUUGGCUGGGCCCGGGUGCUCGGCGGCGGCGGGAUUUUUCGGAUGUGUUGGCGGCGGUGA